AAGAAAUUUAUCAAUUUACGUAGUAAAUCUCAGAAAAAAAAAGAUAAUUGUUGUAUAUAUUGCGACCUUGCCCAUAGAUAAGAGUGUUUCUGUUUUUGUUAUCAGUCAAAGCAAGAAGGUGUGGGUGGUUAAAUAUAACAAUGCUUACACGAGCACAUCCGACAAAUCUUGAUCAAAAAUCGCCGAAUAUCUAAAAAAGCAUGAUGAAUAGUUAAAAAGCAUAUAUAUGUAUAUGUGAGAGAUUUCAGCAUGAGUGUUGGGUUUCUCUGAACAGUCUCUAUGGCUAUAACUGCGUCUGUUUAUCUUUCAGUUCCCUCGCGGUAUUCCAUCGUGAAGGCACGUUUCGGACAAGGUCUUAAAAAUCGAACAAAGAGAUAUAAAAAAAUAAUAAUUUAUCAAAUAUGUCGCAAUCGCAGACUAAUUCAGUUAAUAGUGAAGUAAUUCGUCCUGAUUGGUUGAAUGAGGAAUUUUUUGCUGAAAUUUAUGCCAAGGAUGAGCAUUUUAUUGACAAAAAGCUCAACAUAAAAAUUCUUAGUUGUUCAUCCGUCGUAGAAGUCGGAGAUAACUACACAUCAACUAUGUAUCGUGUUAAUGUUGAAGCAACUACUGAGGAUUCCGAUAAACCUCAUUCGGAAAAUUUUAUUGUCAAGGCUAUGAUUCACUCUGUUCCUGCCCUUAAGGAAUUUAGUAUCUUCCCUAUUGAGAUUGAGGCUUACCAACAAGCUCUACCAGUCAUGGAAGGUUACUGGAGGGAGAUUGGGCAAAAUAUAACCUUCGGCCCAAAAUGUUUACACAUCAUUACAGAUCCCAACGAGAUCAUCGUAUUGAGUGAUUUAAAGGUACAGGGCUUCAAAAUGGCCAAUAGAUUUGAGGGCCUAGAUCUUCAACACUCAAGACUUCUUCUCUCCAAAUUGGCCAAAUUCCAUGCAACAUCUGUGAUCUUCAAAGAGAAAAAUGGAAAGUUUGGACCUAAGCUUAAUCGGUUGGUUUUCGACCCACAAAUGAAGAAAGUCUUUGAUACCUUCACAACCUCAAACUACCCGACCUUGCUCAACUUGAUUGAAUCUUCUGAAGAUUUGAAACCAUUCUACGACAUUGUCGAAAGUUGGAGGCAUAACAUGUUUGAGAGGAUCCUCAGGAUAUCAAAUGUACCUGAAGAUUCAGAUGAUUUCUGCGUUCUAAAUCAUGCAGAUAUGUGGGUUAAUAAUCAUAUGUACAAGUAUGAUGAAAAUAAUUCUCCCACUGAUGUGGCUUUUAUUGACUUUCAAAUGACUCAUUGGGGCAGACCAGCUGUUGAUAUAUUAUACUUCUUGCUUUCAUCAGUUCGACCAGAAAUUCUUGUGAAAGAGUUUGAUGCACUUAUCUACCACUAUCAUGAGAAUUUAGUAGAGACACUGAAAUUACUUGGAUAUCAAAAAACACCGCCAAUGCUCAAAGAUAUUCACAUUCAAAUACUUAAAUGUAGCUUCUAUGCGUGCAUGUGCCUAACUGGAAUUACAGCAGUAGUCCUUAUGGACAAGAAUGAGAAUGCAACCUUUGAGAAUUUCUUCGAUGAAGGAAAUGGCGGGGAACAAAUGCGAAAAAAGAUGUACUUCAAUCCAAGAUAUGAAAAUAAACUUCGCUAUGUCUUGCCAUUCUUGGAGAAAAGGGGCAUGCUAGGGGCUGAAAAAAUUCCAGAUUCUGAAAUCAUUUCCAUUGAGGAAAAUGGCAAUAGCGAAGCAGUUCCAGAAGUAUCAAAUACAGGAACAACUAAUGCAGAAGAAACUACUGCAGCUCCUGAAGAACCAUCUAGAGUUACGCUUGAAGAAGCAAUUAAGGAAGACGAAAAAUUAAUCGAAAAUUCUAACAAGUUCAACGGUAUCCAAGAGAAUGGUCUAGAAACAAAUCCAGAAGAUAAGAUUAGUCCAACGCCAAAAGACGUCAAAGAAACAAAUACACUAAAGGAUGAUAAGGAGAAUGAUACAAAAGAGCCAGUGGAAGCCGAUGACGUACAAGAUACAGCAUUGUAGUUAGAAUUUUCAAUAAAUAAAAGAAACGGUUGAAUUUA